AUGUCUAGAUGUCAGUGUGCCAACUGUGAAAACACAACAACUGAUGGUUUUCACGUUCCUGAGAAAGCAAGAGUUACAGAAGGAGAACGUCGAUCGCAAUAUAAAGGUUUACAUUGUGAAGCUGGAGAUGUAGAAGGAGCAUCAACGACGAGAGCUGCUCAAGAAGAUGUCGGAGAAAGACAGAAUGGAGGCUACACAAGUGAUGAUGGAUACCUUGAUACGUUUGAGUUGGAAGCUUUGUUUAUUCAUGAGGUAUCCAAGAUCUAUGGAGACGAUGAGACAGUAGAAAUGCAAGAAGAAAUAGCUCGAAUGAGAGAACACAUCUUGAACGAGGUUGAUAAAGAUCAGGACGGACUCGUUUCGUUCAGUGAAUUCAUGGAUUCAACCGAACUACAGCAGUUCAGUGAGGAUGAAGGCUGGAAAGGUCUUGAUGAGGAUGACCUCUAUAGUGAUGAAGAGAUGGACGAGUACGAAAGGAUGCUGCAGGAAGAAAUGGAGUCCAUGGAUGAGGAAUCCAGACGUUUAAUGGAGGAAGACAAUAAAAGCGAACACCAUGAAGACAAGAGUGAAUUACGAGGAGAUGAAGGACACAAUGCCCAGCAAGGAGAGCAACACGUUGAGCAACACGUUGAACAACAAGAGACUGUACAUGCGACAAGUCAUCCACCUGAUGUUCAACAGCAACAGGAGGUGCAUCCAGUCGACACCCAACACCUGAAACCAGCCGAAGAUCAACCGCAUCAGACUGAAAUUAAAACUGAAGCACCAGUACAACAAGAACAGAAGGAACCGGAAGUGAAGCAGGAAACGCAAGAAAAGAGAGAGGAACAUGCAGAGCGGCCCAAACAGGAAGAAAACAAAGAGCCCGAAAAGGCAGGCGGACAGUAA